CACGAUACAAUUCCAUUCGUUUUGUUAGAAUGCAUUGGAUUGAUAGGGUUUGUGGGUGGGUUUGGCGAUUACAUAUAUAAAGAAAGUAGGCGGCUAUUUUUCUCCUCUUGAAGCAGUCGACCCAAAUCUCUUUUACUCCACCUUCUGUUCACCGGAUAGUCUGUCCCCUGUUUGACUGUAUGGAAGCCGUGGUGAAAGUUUGAAGGUUCAAGUCACUCCCCCUAAACCUUCAUUCGGUACCCCCCUAGCCGAGCCCCGUUCCGCCCCUUUAAAAUGGCCAACAUUCAAGCUACCAUUCCCAAGGACAUUCAUGACCCUCCUACGGAGAUUCCGUUGAGAACGUUCGCAAACCGGUAUCAAGUCAUUAGCAACCUUGGCAAUGGCAGUUUUGGAAGCGUUACAUUGGCUAAAUUUAGAGGCGAUUUUGACAACUUGAUUGGGUUUGAUAACCACAAGGUUGGUACCCUCUUAGAGCCUACACUGGAUCAGCAGAAGCACAAUAAUUCCCUUGUAGCGAUCAAGACCAUGAACAAGAAGCUUCCAUCGUUAAACGACUACACUAGAGUGAAGGAAAUCAAGUUUAUCCUCUCCAUCCCCUCACACCCCAACUUGGUCCAGAUCUACGAACUCUUUAUUGAUAGCUCUCGCUUCCAAUUACACAUUGUGAUGGAAUGCAUGAACCAAAACCUCUAUCAGUUGAUCAAGGCUCGCAAGCACUCCUUUUUCUCCCCUGCUACGUUGAAGAGCAUUCUCUCACAGAUCUUGGAUGCCAUCCGCCAUAUCCACAAGUACGAUUACUUCCACCGGGAUAUAAAGCCAGAGAACAUUCUUGUGAUGCCAGCGCAAGACUAUUAUGGCGAUAAAAGCUCCAUUCCUGAACUGAGAAAGGGCGACAACUACAUCAUCAAGCUCGCAGACUAUGGAUUAGCCAGGCACGUGGAGAACACCAGAUCCUACACCUCCUAUGUAUCUACCCGGUGGUACAGAUCUCCCGAGAUUCUCUUGCGGAAAAAGUGGUACUCGCGUCCAGUGGAUAUCUGGGCGUUUGGCACUGUUGCGGUAGAGAUUGCCACCUUCAGGCCCCUUUUCCCGGGCUCCAAUGAGCUUGACCAGACGUGGAGAGUCUUGGAGGUUCUCGGCUCUCCAGAUUUCAAGUGUAGCGGCGACAAACAGGCCCUUCCUUUGGGUGGGUCUUGGGACGAGGCCCAGCCCUUGGCUGCCAAGUUGGGAUUCCAUUUACCGGUGACGAAGGGAGUGGUGAUGGAUAAUGUUUUGCCCGUAGGUAAUACGGACUUGGCAGACGUGGUCGAUGCGUGCUUAACCUGGAACCCCGCUGCAAGGGCCACUGUUGACGACUUGUGCCGCAUGUCAUACUUUAAAGGGACCGUACUUGACGGGCCAUACCAGACCCCAGCAAAGUCUCGCCCUAAGUCGUCUUGUAGUCCUGGUGGCAGGAAUUCUCUUACCAAAAACCUGCUUCUUGCUGGAAUUCCAAACAUGCCCAGCAUGCCCAGCAGUGCCAAUAAGCGUUUGAGGCAUUCUGCAUUGUAUGAAAACCAUAGCUCCAUCCCCAUCAAAGUUGGCACUACCGAUGCUGCUUUGAGAGAGGCGGUGUUGACAAACAGCUCGCCAAAGAUUCGUGGGGGGCCCUUCGAGCAAUCAGUCUUACCUACACUCGAUGAAAACUACAACAUGUCUAAUCACAGUGGCCAGACGGAAGGAACAAAUGACAAACCUGUACAUAUCACUAGUGAUUUCCUGAACAGCUUCCCAGAAGUGGUUGACUGCAGGACCACUAGUGUUUACCACCCUGAUUUUCAGGACUUUGGAGGGAUCCACAACUUCACCCAGCAGGAAUUUCAUGGAGAGAAUGAACAUGCGAUCUAUGACCCCUGCGAGGUGGAGUUGAGCAUGUCUGAAUUCUUGGCUGAGUACAAGGAGAUGCAAGAGAAUGAAAAGACUCAGAAAUUUAUGAACGAUGUGGUGAAUUUGAAUGAUACUCCUCCAGAAUUGGGGGUUGAUGAGGAAGAUGAGAAUGCCAUAGAUAUGGAUGAGAAUGAAAUGCCAAGUACGGGGGAUUUACACAGAAAGUUUCACCUUCACCCUUUCCCAGAACCCUUGGUCAGUCACGAAAGAAAUCUUUUCGAUCUGUAUGAUUCCUUUCAACCGGUGAAUGAUUACACUUGGUCACUGGAGUGUAAAGGCGUCGAUUCAAUUGCAGCGCUCGGAAAUAGCACGAAACUCCAGACCGGUAUCGAAGCCAUUCCUAGAGUGGCCCUUUUGCCAUCAAACUUGUCCAAUUUCACUUUCGUAAGCCACCAUGAGGAAUUCGACGGUGAAAACCCCCCUCAACACGGUUCACCGUCCGGCCUAUCGUAUGAAAGGAGAAUGUAAUGAACUGUUCACCUCUAUCUACAUUUAUUUAUUGCUACUCGUUUUUCAACUUUUUUUUAUAUCUUUUCUUUAACCUUCCAACGUAUUCCUAAUAUAAAUUACAUGUGAUGCCA